AUGAUUCCCCUCACAUCAGUCCGCAGAGCGGCGAAGGUGCGCUGCGGUGUUGACCACCCUGGCGCUGUGUGUGCGCGAAGCACACGACUGACCUCCGCGUUGAAGCAGUGUGAGCACAUGCGUUUGCACGCCGCGUCACGAAGCUGCGACUCCGCGUUGCGAUGGGCUGCUAAGACUACAUUGGCUGCGCGGGCGCAGUACACGGAUCCCUCGAAAACCCAUGACAGGUGAGCACGACGCGGCAUUCAUCUGACGGUCCUACGCGUUCUUUUGUGUAUAUGCUAGUCGAGUGACGCAAAUGUCGCGCAUAACAAGCCACGUGCGCGAGAAUGUCCUUAGGCGGGCUCACGCGCAUUCCAUUGAUUCGCGAUUUCGACAUCUUCCUUUACCGCGACGCGAGAGCACAUCAUCUCUCGCACACACAGCCACUAUCCCCCACCAAUCUCGUUGCGAAGCUGUACCAGCCCCCAACAUUCCAACAUGGUGCGUCUGCCAGUCUCGCCGUCGCUGUCACGCAACCUACUGACCCUUUCGAGCCCGCUCGCAGCGUCCGCUCUUGUUGUCCGGACACGAGAGAGCGCUGAACCAGAUCAAGUUCAACAGAGAAGGCGAUUUGCUCUUUUCCUGCUCCAAGGAUCAGGUGGUCAAUGUCUGGUACUCUCACAAUGGAGAGAGACUAGGAACGUACGAGGGAAACAAUGGUAGCGUAUGGAGCAUCGACCCAGAUUGUGAGUAUGCGCCUGUGGGCUUGGCAUUCCUCCCCCCCACCCUUGCCUGACACCAGCGUCGCCACUACAGACUCUUCAUCCUUGCUGGUGACGGGAUCAGCGGCCAACCAGAUGAAGUUGUACGAGGUUUCCACUGGCAAAUGUCUCUAUACGUGGGAGUUUGACACUGCCGUCAAGUGCGUCGCAUUUUCAGAGGACGGCACGCAGGUGCUAGCAAUCACAGAGCAGAGGAUGGGUUUCCGGGCAACUUUGAAAGUUUUUCGCAUCAACCGAGAUGCAGAGACGUGGACGCAGCAAUCGUCGGAGCCGAUCAGGAACAUUACGUUCAGCGGUCCCAAAGCAACCGUGGCUGCUUGGGCGCCUGCUGAUCAGUACAUCAUCACUGGGCACGAGAAUGGAAAGGUGGCAGCGUAUUAUCACGAUGAAAAGGAGCCAGAGAGCGGCAUGGAUGCAGAGUUGGAGGAGAAUAGCGUGAAUGCGCACCCAGAUGCGCAGGUGACGGAUCUGCAGCUGAGCGCCGACGGCACGUAUCUGAUCACUAGCAGCAAAGACAAGACUGCCAAGCUGAUCGAUACAAAGUCGCUCGCCAUCCUCAAGACCUACACCACCUCUACGCCUCUCAACAGCGCUGCCAUCCAUCCGACUCGACCGUACGUCAUCAUCGGGGGAGGGCAGGAUGCGAUGAAUGUCACAACAACGAGCGCGAGGCAAGGUCGUUUCGAAGCUCGAUUCUGGCACAAGGUGUUCGAGGAGGAAUGCUCCACCAUCGCUCAGCACUUUGGACCCAUUCACUCCAUCAUCAUCCACCCCAGCGGCAAGUGCUUUGCGUCGGGCGGAGAAGAUGGCUAUGUGAGGGUGAAUUGGUUCGACCAGGCAUUUUUCACGGUCAAGCCUUAUGGCCCUGCGCUCGACUUGUCGCCCGAGGAUAACUAG